AUGAAUCAAAAAUCCAAAACUACUUUUAUUAAUUAUGAUGGAGAAACAGCACAAUGGACACGACAAUCAACUAACGAAACACAAAAGUCAAUUAAUGAACUUGUAGAUUCUUAUCCAAGUUUAUCUCGCUCACCCACUCCUAAUAAUGAAGUAUUAAUAUUACCACGCAUUUUCAUUUCUAGUAAUCAAGUGUCAAAUUCAUCAAGCAUUUUUAUUCCUAAUAAUCAAGUAUCAGAUUUAUCAAAUACUUCGACUUCUAAUAAUCAAGCAUCAAUUAUUUGUCAAUUAACUAUCAAAAAUUCACAAAAUGGAGAGAAUAUUUCUUGUCUGAUUUCUUAUAAUCUUACAACUUCAACAACAAAUUUGGUGACACAUCUAAGAACAAAGCAUCAAAUAUAUCCUUCCAUUAAUUCAGUAAUUUCAAAUAAUUCAAAACAAAAAACAAUUGAACAAAUGUUUGAAUCUACAAAUCCCUUACCACGUUUUAAACAAGAAAAAAUACUUUUUCGACUUAUUGCUUGGAUUGUUGAUGACAUGCAAUCAUUUUACGCAAUUACAAAUAAAAAGUUUCAAGAGCUGAUUUAUGAAUGUGAGCCUCGUUUUGAAUUUCUCUGUAAUAACACAAUACAAAGUAAAAUCGGACAAUCAGUUUCUUAUACUAGAACACAAUUAAAUAUAUUAAUGGAUGAAACAAUGAUAAAAUUCGCUUUUACUACUGACCUCUGGAUAGCACAUCAUACUCCAUAUAUUGGAAUAACGAUACAUUGGAUCUCUGCGAAUUUUAUAUCAUAUCAAGCGCUUUUGACAAUUAAAAACCUUCCAUAUUCUCAUACAGGUAUAACAGAUAAUGCUUCUAAUAUGAAAAGAGCAAUACGACAACUUGGAUGCGAUCAUAUAGGAUGUACGGCCCAUACUUUUCAGCUUGCAAUUAAUGAUGGACUUGAAUUAAUAAAUGACGAGUUAGUAAAAAAAGCAAAGAACUUAAAUAAUUUUCUUGUAAAUCAUGAUAAAUAUCGUGAUAGAUUCAGAAAAGUACAAGAAGAUAUUAUAAAUCGGACAAAUCUUCAAACCUCACAACGCAAACCUCUCAAUCCUAUUAGUAGUGAUACAAUUCAUGAACACCAAUUACAACUUUCACAUGAUUUCGAUCGUCAAGUGCGAGCAGAUGCUAAUGUUUUAAAAAACUUAUUAUUAUCAGAUAAUGAGUGGAAAUGUUUGAAUGAAUUAGUAAUUUUACUGAAACCUUUUGCUACUGCAACUACACUCUUAGGUGGAAGUCAAUAUCCAACACUCUCACAAAUGUUUUCCACUUUUCACAAACUUUUUAAUCACUUGGAUACAAUGAAUUCAAUACUUAUCUAUCUGGAUAUUCGUAUAGUUUUAGAAAAAAUUCGCGAAUCAUUAACAAGAAGAUGGGAGAAUUCAAAUAUUCUUGGUUAUAUUGCAUCAUUUUUGGACCCGAGAUUUAAAAAUCUAGCAUUUAUAUCAGAAGAAAGAAUUCAACAAAUUAUUGAAAAACUAAAGAAAAAUGCUACAGAAAGUAUACCAACUAUUUUUGAAUCCUCUGAUAAUUCAGCUCAGAUUUCUUAUUUGCAAGAUCAAUCUCUUAUGUCAUUAUUUUAUAAUGAUUUCAACAUUAUGACGAUUAUUACUGAAACACCUAUUGAAUCAGAACUUCGUAUUUAUCGGAACAUGCCAGUAUUAUCAAAAUAUGAAGUAUCUCAUCCAUUAUAUGCAACAAAUAAUCUGUAUAAGUGGUGGAACGAUCACAAGGCAACACUACCAUUACUUGCCGAACAAGCAAGAAUUUACCUUGCAAUUCCAGCUUCUUCAGUUCCUGCUGAGCAUCUUUUUAGUGAUGCCGGUAAUAUAUUAACAGAUAAAAGGAAUCAGCUUGAUCCUACAAACAUACAUGAUAUUCUUUUUCUUAAAGAAAAUUCAGCUUUUAUGAAUGUAUUUCCGGGAUUAUUGCAAAAAAAGAGCUAA